GUUACUGCGCCGGCGACUCACUGUUUGAUCCACAAUCACGUGCCGCUUACGUGAUGCUCGCUUGAUCGACGGCAACGCGCCCUUGGAACACCACCAAUACACAAAUAGGCCCUUUCGUGCCCUUUCUCCAACACUUCAAUGCUCCUAGCGUUAAGCCAGAUCUCAAAUUUACAUACACCGGAUUGGAGACAAACCUCAUCAAACUGAGGCUAGGCAUUACGCUGAGGUACCUAUCAAGUAGUCUCAAAACGGGGUGCUGUCCCAGUCACGUGAUCCCCAUCCGGCGUCUCACGCAGUAAGAAAGCUACGAAGCUUAGCGCGAGAUUGCGUCACCUCACCUUUGACAGCAACACCGCACUGCACGAGCUUCGUUCUGCAUCCGAUCAUGGCGGACAGACGCCGCGAGGAUCGCUCACGCUCGCCUCCUCGCCGCGGUCGGGGGGGCCGAGGAGGUUUCAGGUGGAAAGACACUAGCCGUUCGAACAAUGACCGGGACGAUCGAGGCGAACGAGGAGGCCGGAAGGAGUAUCGCGACCGAUCGCCACCUCGAUAUCGAGACUCAGAUCGAUUCGACCAGAGAAGGGAAAGGGACAAUCGCGACCGACCUGGGGACAAUGAUCGCAAUGAUGGCCCGAGGGAGGAACGUCGACCCCGAUCUCCCGGGGGGAUGUCCCGGGACCACCAUGCGACUGCCGAAACCGAGAAACCGCGAAAAGAGAAGAGGGAAAAGAAGGACAAGAAAGAGAAAAAGGCAGCUGCUGCCAUACCCGCUGGGCAGGAAAUGAUUAUCGUCAACGUCAACGAUCGCCUUGGAACCAAAUCUGCCAUCCCAUGCCUGCCAGCCGACACAGUCGGGCAACUCAAGUUGAUGGUCGCAGCGCGGAUAGGCCGAGAGCCCGGACAGAUCAUGUUGAAGCGUCAAGGCGAGCGGCCCUUCAAGGAUCACAUUACCCUAGAAGACUACGGCAUCUCGAAUGGUGUCCAGCUCGACCUUGAGGUCGACACUGGCGACUGAAAUCCACUGGGUCUGACAUCAAGGGCGCUCCUCAAAUCGACCAUAAGAUUACAGAUGCGCCCAGCCAUGCGCCAAUGCGUGCCAUUAUCCCCCAUGGGCAAUGCGCAGAUGAAGCCCUC